GUUGCAAGCACUUUCGUAACUCUUGCAUAUUAUCGCCCAAAAAUAAAAUCCGAAAUUAUAAAACCUCACAAAUUUAUCUUGUUUAUCAGUUUGCUAUAGAAUUUAAACAUGCUUGCCCGACAACUUAUCAAUGGUGUACGAUCGAAGAACUUGUGUUUGUCUCAGAGGUUUCAAAGCACCCUGGUCAUAGCAGAGCAUGACAAUGAAAAGCUCACACCAGUCACCCUCAACACAGUGACAGCAGCAAAUAAAAUUGGAGGAGAUGUUAGCCUACUGGUCACUGGAACUAAUUGUGCUAAGGUUGUGGAAGAAGCCAGUAAAAUAUCAGGUGUUUCUAAGAUUCUCUUGGCUGACAAUGAAGCAUUCAAAGGAUUCCUUCCAGAGGCAAUUACUCCACUAGUGCUUUCAACACAGAAACAAUUCUCAUUCUCUCACAUUCUGGCUGGAGCCACAGCAUUUGGAAAGGGUCUACUGCCACGUGUAGCAGCUAAAUUGGAUGUGUCUCCAGUGUCAGACAUCAUUGAAGUUAAAACAGCAGACACAUUUGUGAGAACCAUAUAUGCAGGGAAUGCCAUCCAAACAGUGAAAAGCAAUGACACUGUCAAAGUUGUUAGUGUGAGGGGAACUGCAUUUGAGGCUGCUGAUACUACAGGGGGAAGUGCAAGCACAGAAGAUGCUCCAGCCCCAUCGGAUGAAAAUACUUUAUCAUCAUUUGUGGGCCAAGAACUGAGCAAGAGUGACAGACCAGAACUUACUAGUGCUAAAGCAGUCAUAUCUGGAGGUCGUGGCAUGAAGAAUGGAGAAAACUUCAAAAUGUUAUAUGACCUAGCUGAUAAGAUGAAUGCAGCUGUAGGAGCCAGUAGAGCAGCUGUUGAUGCUGGGUUUGUGCCUAAUGACAUGCAGGUUGGCCAAACGGGAAAGAUUGUUGCACCAGAUCUGUAUGUAGCAGUUGGUAUAUCAGGUGCUAUUCAGCAUCUAGCAGGCAUGAAGGACAGCAAGGUGAUUGUAGCCAUCAACAAAGACCCAGAGGCCCCCAUAUUCCAGGUGGCAGACUAUGGGCUUGUGGCUGAUCUAUUCAAGGCAAUUCCUGAAAUGGAUGCUGCUGUCAGUUCAUAGAAUUCUCCUAGACUCCAGAUUCUCUCGAUUUCCUGAUAUACCGACACAACAGAAGUCUCUUAUAAUAUAGAAAUGCCAGGAAAUAUAUCACUUUGGGAAAAUAAAUAAACAGAAGGGGACAUAAAAAGUAAAAUGGACUAAUGAGAUGAUCAAUGCAAUACUGUAUAGACUAUGUGAUAUAUGUUGAAAUUGAAGUUCUGUUGAUCUGUACUAAAUUAACAGGAGAAAAAUUUGGAUUUAUUCAUUGUUGGUGACUGUUUUAUCUUUCUUCCUUUUACUCUCCAUAGGAUAAGUGAUGUAUGAUGUAAAACAGUAAAUGUAAUUGUGAAGGUACAGGUCACAUUGUAAAUAAUAGAAAAUUUAUGUGUACAUGAACCAUUAUGUGCUCCAAAUAUAAUUAAAUUAAGAUUGUUUUAAAUAA